CGUAGCAAUGCGCAGGCUCCGUGGAACAGGAGAGGAUGGCUGCUGCCUAAUGAUCAGAGAACAACACUCAGCGCCUCGGCUGGCUUAGACAAGACGCCGUGGACUAGAGCAGCGUGCUGUGAGCGGCCAUCACGACACAGUGCUUACGUGUGAGUGAUGGGAAUGAACGUGUCCGGUGUUGUUUCAUCCCGACCAGGAUUUGCUGAUGGUGUUUUCGCUCUGACUGUAUUGGAAUAGCGGUUCUUUCUACCCAGAUCUACAAGAAGAGAUUCUCUUGCAGGGAUUGUUGCAGUGCCGACCUCCACGCGAUCAAGAGGGCAUCAGGAUGGAGGCCCCUCUGGUGUGCCUGGAUGAGGAAUUCGAGGAUCUGCGGCCCUGCAAGAUGGAGGAGCUGGAAUCAGAGCAUCCUCCACGCCGGCCUCACAAAACAAUCCCCCUGGCCCCGCUGUGCCGUGAAGACUUCUCAGAGUUAGAGAACUUCUCCGAGAUGAUGAGCUUCAAGUCCAUGGAGGACCUGGUCAAUGAAUUUGACGAGAAGCUGAAUGUGUGCUUCCAUAAUUACAACACCAAGACAGAAGGCCUGGCACCCGUACGGAACCAAUCUCACGCCGAGGAGGAUGAGGAGAGGCUUCAAGAUGAAGAUGUGUGGGAUGCUCUGACUGACAACUACAUCCCCUCCUCUGUGUCCAGCUGGGACGACCCCGCCUCAGAAACACUGAAUGGCAACCUCUCAGAUCAAGAGAUACAUGAAAAAGAUGAGGAUGAGAUGAACGAGAAGAAUGAAAAUGCCAAUUGUCUGCGUGAUGAACCUCUAAUUACAGCUGAUCAGGUGAUUGAGGAGAUUGUGGAGAUGAUGGAAAACUCACCAGAUCCUGGAGAGACAGAGGAAGAGGAGGACGAUGAUAUCGGGGUCUCUUCCUCUCAAAGCAACCCCUCCUUACUGGAGGAGAUCCGCAUGCUGUCUCAGGCCUCCAACAACAACUGCUCUUAUGAAGGUCUGAGGCUGAUGCCGAGCUCGGCGCUGCUUGACAUCUUGUGUCGGGUGGAGGCGGCAAUACGAGAGUAUUCGGAGGAACUGGUGACUCAGCUGGCCCGGAGGGACGAGCUGGAGUUCGAGAAAGAGGUGAAGAACACCUUCAUCACUGCUCUAAUGGAGGUCCAGAACAGACAGAAGGAGCAAAGGGAGCUGAGCAAGCGCAGGCGUAAGGACAAGGCCAUGAGUCUACAAGGAUCUACCCGCUCCGAGAAGAUUGGGAGCAUGCCUGCGAAGCGCUUCAGCAUGGAGGGUCUGUCCAACAUCCUGCAGACAGGGAUCAGACAGACCUUUGGGUCCUCAGGGACAGAAAAACAGUACCUAAACACAGUCAUCCCAUAUGAGAAAAAAGUGACUCCUCCAUCUGUCGACGACUUGCAAAUGCUCACAAAAAUUCUGUACGCCAUGAAAGAAGACAGUGAGAAGGUCCCGACCCUCCUGACUGACUAUAUAUUAAAAGUUCUGUGUCCUACCUAAAGUCUUGAGCGUGAUCUGCUGUUGGUGAGACUGUGGAGAGACCAGGUGUCUUCGUGUCUCCUCUCUCAGUUCUCCAUCCCGGCUGCAUGAGCUCCCUUACCCAUUAUCAGCGAGGGACCCUGAACAUCUAACCAUCCUUCUCUUGCUUAUCUGAUGACCUUUGACCUUGCUCAUCUCACUGCCCUUCCUGUAUUCACAUAUCCACGACGUUCAUACCACAGCGCCUGGUGCUUUACAUGUUUUCUACUAUGUACGUUACUUCAGGCCAAAAGCCAUAUGGAACGUGUAAGCGUAACAGGUGACCUAUAAUCGGUUUAACUCUACGAUCAGGUACUAUUUUUAUUUUGGAAAGAUAUGCAUAACAUACGACAUUUUACUUGAUAAUUCACAUCCGUUCUGAACACAGGUGACGAUGAGAAGGGCAUUAUUCACAAUCUUCUGAAGGCGCAGGUGCAUUGAUUUCGAGAGCACAUUUGAAAAAUAAUCCAUCCAGACAUUCUGCUUUUUGCCGUUUUAGUAUUGUGGCUUAAUUUCAGCGGCGGUUGGUUGAAGAUACAGCAUGUUUUAGUGUUCUACAUUAAUGCCAAGUUAUAGGGAGAAACCUUGUGACUCUUCUUUUUUUUCAUCCUAUGUAUGAAUUAAUUCUAGUUCUACAUAAUGUGGUUUCUUUGAUGAUCCAUUUAUCUAAUAAAACUUUUUUUUAAUUAACUUUAACUUUCACUCAUGACUUGUGCUUCUUUAUAUAUUUCUUAUUUACUAAGGGGCAUGGAGGAAUGUGAAGUAUUGCUGAGUUACAGUUCCAAUAAAUGUCAAACCCUGUAAAAAACUGAAUGACUGAUUCAUUGUAAUACCGCAACAAUCCACUAGAGGUCAGUCAUACGCAGAUGAUCGACAACAGGAGGAUUUUUGCUAACAAGUGUUGGUUUGUUAACCCUAAAAAACAGGUGACAUCAAAACUGCUGAUAAUACCAUUAGCCUAAGUUACUCAUUAUAAAAAAUAAAAUAAAAAGUUUC